CAAAAUUACACACGUUUAUCAUAAUAAAUUGUGCAUCGUGUAGUGUUUGUAUUUAUAUCAUACAAUACUCGGUAAACAUUAUAUUAUUUAUUUAUAUUGCAUUAUUGACUUGCGACAAUGACCGUCAUCGGCGGAUAUCACUACGGUACAGUCGACGUUUCUCGUAUAAUAGUAAUAAUUAUUGCCGUACACGCAUAUUACGUGCCGCCGACCUGUUGUUGGGUGCCGAAGUCCGUUGACGUUUACCACGGCGAAGAAGAUAUAAAUACGUUCAAUUGGACGGAUGACGAAGACGAUGAAGACGACGAUACAGACGACUUACUACCGGUACAAGCUGACGACGUCGUUUCGGCCGAAAAAAUGACUGCGUUUUUCGAGAAGUUGAAUUCACUACGCCAGCGACGCCGCGAAGACCGUUCGAAAUCGGCAGACCAUUCCUUGCAGAAGCCGUUUAGACUCAGUGUACCGGUUGGAAUCAAAUCCUUAGACAAAGUUGCGGCGGCGGAGGACUACACGGCGAUAGAGGUUGGGAAUCGUGGCAUUUUUGAGAUACGGGAUAGAUCGGCGGCUUCAGUGGUGACAAGUGGUGAAGAGGCGGUGACAGUGGUGACAAGUGGUGAAGAGGCGGUGACAGUGAUGACAAGUGGUGAAGAGGCGAUGACAGUGGUGACAAAUAACAAUUAUUAUUAUGAGUCACAGACGGCCAAAACGAUCGUAGACGGUUACUUGUUAGAUGCUGCAGGUAGACCCCGGGUCCUGCAAGCGACUGCAGCCGUUGGAUAUUUGCACAUGGGUUGGCGAAGUGCACAAUGCCUGUGGCGUCAGUAUCGGAAAGCUGUCACCGAGCAGGAAACGUUAGCUGUCCUCGAGCGGUUCAAUGGUUUCGUCCGGUUCUGGACGCCAGUGGUCGCCGUCUCGGUGGUUGCCCUGUGGUCCAUGUUCGGAUACUUUCACGAACUGUUAUGUUUUUGCGUCGCCGCGCCACCGGCUGAAUAUGCCAAAGAUGUGAACAGGUAUCUGAUGAUGGUACCGCCGCACGUAGUAGUAACGAACAAAGGAAAAAUGUUCCGGUACCAACCGUCGGCCGAAGAACGUUUCCUUUGGGAAAGCGCAAAAAGAAUCGCAAAUUUCAAAAUAUAA